AUGCAUUUGCUCAAAAAAGCCUUCGUACUCAUCCUUAUGGUUGCUGUCGCCAAGAUCAGGGCUGCGCCUACCGACUCGUCCAUAGCAGUCACUAGCAUCACCUCCGUGUCUGAUAAAAAUGCCUCCAUGUUGGCCACAAAUACUUCGGAAGUGGCACGGCUGGAGCAACGACAGGUUUUCAGACACUGCGAGAUCAUUGGGCGCAACUCGGUGCACCUCAUCAUAUACCCAUUCAACGACGGCAUUCACAAUUUCGGCCUCGUCGACUGGAAUCCCAAAUGCCUUCCGGGGCUCAAGGACGAGCUCAAAAAGCGCUGCUGCGAGCACAUCAACAACUGGGAGUGCCGGAUCGACCCCGGCCGGCCCGCCAUGGGCUACCAGAUCGCCUUCACGUUUGGCAUCUUUUGCAAGCGUCCGGACCACUGCAUCGAGGAUGCCUACUUUGCUGUGAACCACGAGGACCCCAGGGAGGAUUUUAUCUGCCAGUAG